CGAUCCCUUCUUCACUUUUCCCUUCCUUCCUUUGCCUCCUUCCAGGAGUUUUCCGUGGACUUCCUCAUGCCAACUCUGCCGGCAUCGCUCAAGGGCUCGCCUGACCUGGCGCCUCACCUGAGAAACAAGAACGGGCAAGCAGUUAACCUGCAGGUGUUCUUGGGCGCGGGGCUCGCCGUCCUCUGCUUCUGCCUUCUUCUCAGCUGUGCGAUCUGCUGGCACUGGCGAAAGAAGCGGAAAGACAAGGGCAAAGCGUGGCGGCCGCAUCGCAGCCUGGUGGACCUGGGGCUAGCCCUGCCUUCCCAAGUGACCGCUGUGCCCAUCCAGCAGCAGUACACGGAGAUCGAAGGAGAAGUUCUCGAUCGCCCAUCUCCUGAGCUUACCGAAUCACUGGUGAUACCCGACCACGCCAGCCCACCCAAGAGCCUACAUCGUGGCAGGGCGUCUUUACCCAGCAUCCCCUUCUCAGCCAAGCUGACCCUUCCGGCCAAGCCCACGCUGAGCCUGGGACGUCGCUGUACCAUCUCCGGGAGCAGCGCACUGGGGGAUGAGAGCCAUCUUCUCUCCAGUCCCAUCCAGGCCAUCGACAUCACACGGUCGUACACCGUGCUAAGGAACCUGCCCAAUGCCCGUUCUAAGCCACGGCCGCUCCUCCACUUCACUCUGUUUUACUCAGAGCCUGAGGCCACCCUGAUUGUGACAGUGAUUGGCGUCUCCCACCUGCCCAAGGGCUUCCGGGCCAGCCGGGAUUCCUACGUCAAGGUCUACCUGCUUCCAAAAUCUGCUGAGCCCCAGCGCACCGCCCUGCACAAGAAGAGCCUGAAUCCGGAGUUCCAUGAGCAGUUCCAUUUCAGCCACUAUAGCCUGGAGGAGCUGCAGGGUCUAACUCUGCGCUUCGCCAUCUAUGCGAAGGGGUUCCACAACCUGAAGGAUUUCUUCAUCGGGGAGGUGAUGUUCCCAUGCACGCAAGCGGCCUUGGAACAAGGCGUCUCCUCCGCCUAUACCCAGGAACUGUCGACCACCAAAACCAAACUUAAAAAGUCUCUCAGUUCCCAGGACGUGAGCUGCAGCCCUCCGCUCCCCCGGCCCAAGUCUGCCGGGCAGCUCUUCCUCCUCCUGCAGUACCAGGCGCUGGCCGGUCGCAUCAAAGUGCUGGUGCGGAAGGCGGAGAACUUGGGCCGCCUCACCCGCAUUCCAGGGACGCCAGACCACUACGUCACAAUCCGCCUCUGCCACAACGGGGAGGUCAUUGACACCAAAGAGACCAAGUCCAUCGCCGGCUGCAAUCCUGUGUGGAACACCCCAUUCCUCUUCAGUGUUCCCCCGGGAGACAUCUUGGAGCAAGCCCUGUCUUUGGAGUUCACGGUCAUGCAGGCUCGUCUCUACACUCGCAGCUGCGCCGUGGGGCGAGUGCUGAUCGGCCCCGAUGCUCCAGAGAUGGGGCAGACCCACUGGAAAGAGAUGUGCAGUCGAGGGAAGGUGGAAUCUGCUCGUUGGCACGCCAUUCGACCCGAAGGUGCUCAGCUCUGCCCUUGAGGAGCACACCUGACAAUUUG